CUCAGGUGUGAGAUGGAGGCAUGAGCUCCGUCUCUGACGCCUCGGGCGGUACGCCGGGCUCGGGCGUCGAUGACGUCACGCCGUCGCGGGCCAGUCACGUGACAUCGGCAGACUCGCGCCGAGAGUCGCAGGCGAGUCGGAGCGAUGGCACCGAUCACGAGCUGAUAGAGAACCCCAUGUACGAAAUGGAGGGGCCCGGCAAACGCAAAUCGGCCGAGUCACCCAGCUCCGUGCGUGUCUCGCCAAAGGAUGAAAGGCUGACCUCUGAGCCGCGGGACCGGCCCGAGGUCAAGCGGUGGCACUCUGUGCCGGUUGGUCACGUGGUCCGUACAGACCAGCAGCCGACCCGCGCCCGUCCACCGCUACAGCCCCAGCUCAGCCGGGUCGACAGGGUCAAAAGCUACAUGAAGCGCGGCACGAAGCAGUUUUUCGGUCUGGACGACGAGUGUGACGAUGAGAACCAGUGUCGGUGGCUGGACCGGCGGCGUAGGCUGGCGGCCAAGGCGUACGGGCGGCUCAAAGACGAUUCAGACCACCCCCAGACAGCUGACCCGGUUCAUUCGCCCAUCGGCCGACAGAUGUCUCUGCCGGCGGGCUACGGCGCUGACGUCACCGAUUCCAUGGGCGGCACGCUGCACCGCCGCCGGCAUAAGGAUAACGUGGGAAAGAUGACACUCCAGGGCCUCGGCUAUGUGGCGACGCUGAUUCGCCAGCGGUUCAGCGGUGAAGUCCAGCCGGCUCCGACACCGAACGAAUCCAGGAAUAACCUGGUGGCGCGGGGCCGGUUGGCGCGCGGCUCCCAGCAGCGGACCUCCUCUCGCAGCUACCCGCCCUCGGCCACCGUUGAGGCUCAGAGUGCGGAGGAGACGGCCUUUGACGAGCGCGACGGACCUGCGGCGGGCCACGGCGGCGGGUUCAAGGCGCAGAGCCGCUGGGCGGCAGCCGCUGCCGCCGUCACCGUCGCUGGAGGACGGAGGCAGGCGGCGCCCGAGCUGGCAGCUGAUGAGGUGUUUUUCGACAACGUUCCAUCGGCGGACGGUGCGGGGGACGUCCAGGACCCUCUGCAGACCAGUCGAGACGGGGCGCAGUGGCAGCGGCCGCCGGCGGACCGCGACGUCACCGACGCGGGGCCCGGUGUCGGCAACAAGCGAAUCUGGUCCCAGAUGCUGGAUCGGGUGUUCGACAACAGCAAUCGACGGCAGUACGGACGGGGGCUGGCCGGACGGCUCUUUGGCGGCCGCUCUGUGCGUCGCUCUGUGACGGCCCGGUCGGACGUAGUGGCCCAGAUGGACGACCUGGAGGACCACCGACCCUACUUCACCUACUGGGUGACCACCGUGCAGCUUCUGGUGAUGCUCAUUUCGCUGGCGUGCUACGGAUUCGGGCCGAUCGGGUUCGAACUGCAGCAGCAGAGUGGCACGGUCAUGGAUAUCAGUCUUUCAGUGCAGCAAGUAGACUACUGGGAGCCGCCCAACCUCUGGCUAGGACCCAGAGCGGCGGAUCUGAUUCACCUGGGUGCCAAGUUCGCGCCCUGUAUGCGGCGCGACGAGAAAAUUCAGAAGGAAAUCUUCAGGGAGCGGCGAAAGGAGAGAGACACGGCCUGCUGUAUCAGGAACGACAACAGCGGCUGCGUCCAGUCGGCGCAGGCCGACUGUAGUCAGCGGAGCGACUUUAGAGACAUGCGCACAAUCAGCACCUUCAAGUCGUGGCUCAGGAGCGGAGGCCACGAGGGCAGAGUAUCGGGACCCGUGUGUGGACUGGACCCUCACUACUGUGCCGAGCCGGGCAGCCGGGCGCCCUAUGAGUGGCCCGAUGAUAUCACCAAAUGGCCCAUCUGUAGGAAAACGUCCGUCGCGCCCGAGGGCAGCGAGGCGGCAGAACACAUGCUCUGUGAGGUGGUGGGUCACCCGUGCUGUGUCGGAAUCCACGGUCUGUGUCAGAUCACCACCAGAGAGUACUGCAACUUCGUCAGGGGCUACUUCCACGAGGAGGCCGCUCUCUGCUCACAGGUGUCCUGUUUGGACGACGUGUGUGGAAUGAUACCGUUCUACGACCCGGACAGUCCCGAUCAGUUCUACCGGCUGUGGACAUCAAUAUUCCUGCACGCCGGGAUCAUCCACCUGGUGUUCACGAUCCUGAUCCAGUUCUUCUUCCUGCGGGACCUGGAGAAGAUGGCAGGCGCCCUGCGGAUAGCCAUCAUCUACAUCGUGUCGGGCAUAGCAGGCAACCUAGCGUCGGCCAUAUUUGUGCCGUACAGAGCCGAGGUGGGCCCGGCCGGCUCCCAGUUCGGCCUCCUGGCCUGCCACUUUGUCGAGGUGAUCAACGUGUGGCCGAUGCUGCAGCGGCCGUGGCGCGCCCUGCUCCGGCUGCUCGGACUCACAUUCGUAUUGUUCCUCAUCGGACUCCUGCCUUGGGUGGACAACUACGCGCACAUAUUCGGCUUUAUCGUCGGCUUUCUGCUGUCGUACGCGCUACUGCCGUACGUGUCGUUCGGGCCGUACGACCGGGCGCGCAAAAAGGUGCUGAUCGCCGUGUGUGUGACCACGGUGACGCUGCUGAUCCUCUUCCUGCUGGUGCUGUUCUACGUGACGCCCUUCUAUGAAUGUAAGGUGUGUGAGUACCUCAACUGUCUGCCACUGACCAGAGACUUCUGCGCCGAGCAGAACAUCAACUUUGAUCGGCGGACCGAGUUGUGAUGCAGGGCUCGCACGUGAUUGGUGGAGAGCGGACAGUGGAGGCGUGUGAUUGGUGGAGAGCGGGGAACGAAGGUGUGUGAUUGGUGGAAAAUGGUCUUGCGAGAAAUUUGAUUGGUGAGAAGUGAACAAGACUUCGAUCAUGUUUGGAAAAUUGAAUAGAUGUGGACUGGUGGAAGAAUUGUGGAAAGAAAUGCGAUUGACGUUGUGUUGAAAUCUGUGGAUUUGUGAUUGGCGAACGGCGGAGCGCCUUGGCAUGUGAUUGGCCGGCAUCGGAACGUCCUCGCUCUCUGAUUGGCUGGUGGUUUGUCUGGCGUGAGCUCAUUGGCUGGCGACUGAAGGAAAUAACGGAAUCAUGUACUGCGAGCUCCCUCGACUUGCGGGCGGCAGCGCAAGAUGCUGAUUGGUCGCCUCUUAUCAGCGCCGGCUUCUGAUUGGUGGAUGGCCGUGAGCGGCGCCUUUGAUGGGUCGUCGCGCCGGGGAUGUUUUCUAGCGGGCGCCGCGGCCUCCUGUUGUACAUAGCUCGCGCGCGCGGCGCCGGCUGAUCUUCAUGUCUGUGCUGGUGCCUGGACGGCGGACGGUGGGUGGUGGGUGACGGGACAGGGUGGGUUUUCUAUGGUGGACCGAGGUGUCCCACGGAGGGAGGACAGGCGCCGUGGACCGCGCACCCCUCUGUGAUAACCGGCCCGGCGGGGCCGCCCCUGCACGUCUGUCUGUCUGUCUGUGUGUCUGUAUGUUCGGCUGGCGCGGCAGGAUACGGCCAGAGAAACUUGGCGAGUUACCGCGCUGUUGGGCGAAACGGCGAGCUGGUUGAAGGUUUUCACUCGAGUGUGAGCUAAAUGGAUGUGCGUACGGCGGGAGUGUGUUUUUUACGAUAUAUGUGUGGAUAAAGCAUGCGUACGUGGAUGAAACUGUGCCGGAAAUGCUUCCUUCGAGUGUGAGGUACGUAUUUGUGAGUAUUUGGUAUUUAUCGAGAUGUCCCUGUGUGAGCGAUGAUGUGUUGCAGUAUGUUUUGCGGUAUGCGUUCGCUGUUCGGUAAGCGUUGUUUGUGCGACUUUCCGUGCUGGAUCAGUGAGUUGACCGGCUGAGUGAGUUUCUGUGAGCGUCUGAGAGCGACGAGCGUAUUUGUGAGAUGUUUGAGCGUCAGUGAGCGUAUUUGUGAGCGUUCUUGUGAGAUGUGUGAGCGAAUGUAUGAGAUGUGGGCGGGCGCCUGAUGAGCUCUGUUUCACUGCCACCAACACAUUACGCUUCUGAGGCAAUUCAGACGCUUUAGUUGAUCAACUGUCUCCCCUGCCGUCUUGGCGUGACCCUUAGUUUAGAACCUUCUUUGUGAUUUAGUUUGUCGCCGUUUAGGGGUGAGUUUUGAUUUGGAGUGUGUGUCUUUUAGGGCAUGUUUCAGUGCGUCGUAGUUUUUGUUGAGCGCCGGCGAGUUUUCCCCUGUGUUGUCCUGUUGGAUCUCAUGUUCCGUCGUUCGCUUAACCCCCACGUUGUAACCCUCCUCGUGUUUAGUUAUGCUGCGUUAGUUAGAUAACUAGCAGUCAAUGCGUUGGCGUAGUUAGUUUUACGAAACACAGUAGCAACUAGCAGCACUGGCACAAUGUGUUGAUAGGUUAUUUAAUCACGAAUCACGUCACAAUUUGUGUUAAGUUAUCGUGUGGUAUAUGUCAUACCUCGUUGAUUCAGUCAUCACACAGUCAUCCCCUUGCUUUGACGAUAGCAAGCCGAAUCGAACACACUGAUUACCCAAAGAUGAGUUUGCUCAGCGCUUUCCGAUCGACUCCAAAUGAAUCCGAAAGUCGUCGCGCUACGGUUGAACUACGGUGAACUACGGUUGUUGCUCUGCUCAGUGAUCAGUUAUCUCUGGUCGCAGAUAUAAUCAUAUACUCAAUCGCUGAUGUGUGGAUCUAUCAUGAGCGCCGUUUGAUUCUGUGGUUAAUCACAGCUGGUUUGGACUGAGAGUGACUGGGCGGCUCGGUUGACUGCUGUGUGUGACUGAUGUGACUGUUGACUGGCCGCCCGGGCGGCCGGCUGGCGCCCGCUGUGGGCGGGGGCGGGGGCGGUAUCGUGUACAUGUGACGAUCAGCAUGGCCCUGACUGCAGGGCGUCUGUGAAGUGUCGUGUUUUAUAUACGCCAGGUGUGCGCAUGUGUGGCCCCGGAGGCCGCCAGAGACCGAAUACACCAUACUACUGUACUGAA